AUGGAGGAGUUGCAGGGUCUUCUCUUCAUCGUUUCCUUGAGGAUUUCUCUGGAAUUCACGAGGGGAUGUCGGCUCCGCAGGAAGCGGUGGUACCAGCGGGCGAUGGAGGCCGCCGCCCUGUGGACGCCUGCGCCCAAGCCGGCGCCACCGGCGCCGGCGGCGGAGGUCGCCGGCAGGAGACUGAGAAAGUCGUCUUCUUUGAGGGCGGGGGCCGCUUCCUUCACACGGGCCUGCCUCUGCGCGCCACUGCCCCCGCCCGCUGGGCAGAGGAGCGCGAGCUGUCCGCGGCGGAGACCGGCCCCGCCGCCGGCGGUGGCGGUGGCGCCGCGGGCCUCUGGCGAGGGACGGCGGCUGUUCAGGGGAAAGUCGCUGACGGACGACGUGGUGAUGAGGAGGUUCGUGGUGGAGGAGGCGACGGCGGCGCAGACGCUGCGGAGGAGGAACCAGAUGGAGUUCGUGAAGAGGAGGGCCGCCUCCAGGAGGAGGAACCUCGGUCCCAGCCCCCUGAGCAGGAUGGCCAUGGCCGACGAUUCCUAG